UCACAUCUAUAUUUAACCAAUAGUUUGACUUCGAUCAUAACCACCGUGACUGAGUACUGAACUAGUGCAUGAUCUUAUCAUUAAGUGAUGAGUGCACCUUUGGAGGAUCUUGUUAAGGAGUGGCUUCGCCUCGACCCAAAUGAAUCUACAAGAAAGGAUGUGGAACACCUGUGGAAUGAUAACGCCGUGGACGAGUUGGAAAGACGUAUGAGGACACGCAUAGAAUUCGGCACCGCAGGUCUGAGGGGAAAGAUGGAGGCUGGAUGGUCUCGGAUGAAUGACCUAAUCGUGAUUCAGGCAUCCCAGGGCUUGUGCGCGUAUGUCCUCGAACACGUUGAGAAUGCUGCUACCCGUGGAGUAGUCGUAGGACAUGACCACCGGCACAACUCAGAGAGAUGGGCUCAGCUUACUACAGCUGCUUUCAUCGCCAACAAUGUCAAGGUUUACCUGCACAAUGGACUGGUACACACUCCGAUGGUUCCGUUUUCCGUAAAAGCGCUCAAUGCAGCCUGUGGAGUCAUGAUCACAGCAAGUCAUAACCCGAAGCAAGACAAUGGUUACAAGGUUUAUUGGGAAAAUGCAGUCCAAAUCAUAGGGCCGCACGAUGUUGGAAUCGCACAGUCCAUUAUGCAACAUUUGGAGCCCAGAGUGCAUGAUGCUUCUCAAGUAAUUGAAUCGGGCCUGUGCUUCGAUUAUACGGAGGAGAUGAAAAAAGGGUACUUCCAUUCUCUCAGUAAUCUGCGCGCAAAGAUAUUAUCAUUUGACGGAGCUUCAGUGGCGUUUGUAAACACAUCCAUGCAUGGCGUUGGGGAUCCAUUUGCAUCUCGAGCCUUCGAAAUUGCCGGAUUUCUGCCUUAUACGCCUGUCAAAGAACAACAACACCCUGAUCCCGAAUUUCCAACGGUGAAGUUCCCAAACCCUGAAGAAAAGGCCAUAGCCACGGCGAACGCUAAAGGGGCAUCGUACGUCCUUGCACAGGACCCGGAUGCAGAUCGCUUCUCUGCGGCUGAAAAUUGUGACGGAAAGUGGGUGACAUUCACUGGUGAUCAACUCGGAACAUUGUUUGCCUAUCAUGUAUUCGAGACCUACAAAGCUUCCAGCAAGCCAAUAGGCAAGUUGGCCAUGGUUGCUUCGACAGCCAUGGCGCAAGUCGAAGGGUUUCGCUUUGUUGAUUGUCUUACAGGCUUCAAGUUCAUUGGCAAUACUGCUCUAGAUCUUGUCCAGGCCGGGUAUGAAGUACCAUUUGGAUAUGAGGAAGCCAUAGGGUACAUGUUUGGCUCUGAAAUCAGAGAUAAAGAUGGGGUGGCCGCAACUAUGGUAUUUGCACAACUUGCUGCAAGCUUACGGGCGCGAGGCACCACAGUAAGCGCGCAUUUGCAAGAACUAUAUCGAAGAUAUGGAUAUUUCGAGACGAGCAACAGCUAUUUCGUCUGCACUGAUCCUCUUGUCAUAGAUAAUAUCUUUAGAAAGAUUCGCUCUUCUGGUGAUAUGGACGCUCCUAUCCGUCCGCAAUUGGCGGGUUGCAGGAUACGGAGCGUUGUCGAUCUAACGGAAGGGCACGGCUACGAUAGCACGAACGCACCCACUUAUCAGCCCAAAUUACCGUUGUCCUUGGGACAUAUGAUUCAGUUCAGAGCAUCAUCCGAUUCAGACGACUCUCGGAUUGUCCUGACAAUUAGGACAAGUGGGACCGAACCAAAGAUCAAGUACUACCUCGAAGGCAGUGGGAGCAACCGCCAAGCUGUGCAUAGCUUACUUGGUGGUGUAGUAGAUGAUCUAGCAGAAGAUUGGAUGAAUGCCGCUGAGAACGGACUAGGUCGGCCAUGAUUAUAUCGUAAACUCAUUUCAUGUUGUUUGUCACAUUAUUCUGUACUGUAGCCAUAAAGCCCAAACGCUCGCCGCGUGCACAAGCUGAAGUGUAAUGACAUGGCUUGGCAGUGGAUCCGCAAGAUGGACUAGGAC